GGCGGGAAGGGAGGACAGGAAGAGGGGGAGCCAGCUCCAGGGGAGGGGGGAAGGAGGUUGGCGACGGCGGCUCCCUCGCUCGCCCUCACUGCCGGCAGUCCCAGCUCCGGGCGCGAUGUUUCUCGCAGGACCCCCUGGCCACACCCUCCUCCGGCUCCCCCGGCUGCCGCUGCUGCUGCUGCUCGUUCAGGCCGUGGGGAGGGGGCUGGGCCGCGCCAGCCCGGCCGGGGGCCCCCUGGACGAUGUGGUCAUCGAGAGGUACCACAUCCCCAUGGCCUGUCCCCGCGAAGUGCAGAUAGGUGAUUACGUGCGCUACCACUACAAUGGCACUUUCGAGGACGGCAAGAAGUUUGAUUCCAGCUAUGACCGCAGCGCCUUGGUGGCCAUCGUGGUGGGCGUGGGGCGCCUCAUCACUGGCAUGGACCGUGGCCUCAUGGGCAUGUGUGUCAACGAGCGGCGACGCCUCAUUGUGCCUCCACACCUGGGCUACGGCAGCAUCGGCGUGGCGGGGCUCAUCCCGCCCGAUGCCACCCUCUACUUCGACGUGGUCCUGUUGGACGUGUGGAACAAAGCAGACACCGUGCAGGUGAGCAUCCUGCUGCGCCCACCCCACUGCCUCCGCAUGGUCCAGAACAGUGACUUUGUCCGCUACCACUACAACGGCACCCUGUUGGAUGGCACCUCCUUCGACACCAGCUAUGGUCGGGGCAGCACUUAUGACACGUAUGUGGGCUCCGGCUGGCUGAUCAAGGGCAUGGACCAGGGGCUGCUGGGCAUGUGUCCUGGAGAGAGGAGGAAGAUCAUCAUCCCUCCGUUCCUGGCUUAUGGGGAGAAAGGCUAUGGGACCGUGAUCCCCCCGCAGGCGUCACUGGUCUUUCAUGUCCUGUUGGUGGAUGUUCACAACCCCAAGGACACCGUCCAGCUGCAGACGCUAGAGCUGCCCCCGGGCUGCGUGCGGAGGGCUGUGGCUGGGGACUUCAUGCGGUACCACUACAAUGGCUCACUGAUGGAUGGCACCCUCUUUGAUUCCAGCCACUCCCGCAACCACACCUACAAUACCUAUAUCGGGCAGGGUUACAUCAUCCCCGGGAUGGACCAGGGGCUGCAGGGCGCGUGCAUGGGGGAGCGCCGGAGGAUCACCAUCCCCCCCCACCUGGCCUAUGGGGAGAACGGAACCGGAGACAAGAUCCCUGGCUCCGCUGUGCUCAUCUUCGAUGUCUACAUCAUCGACUUCCACAACCCAGCGGAUCCAGUGGAGAUCAAGACGCUGUCCCGGCCAUCCGAGGCCUGCAAUGACACCACCAAGCCUGGGGACUUCAUUCGCUACCACUACAACUGCUCCCUGAUGAACGGCACCCGGCUCUUUUCCUCGCAUGACCACGGGGGUCCCCAGGAGGCGACUCUGGGGGCCAACAAGGUGAUUGAAGGCCUGGACAAGGGCCUGCAGGGCAUGUGUGUAGGGGAGAGGCGGCAGCUGGUUGUGCCCCCGCACCUGGCCCACGGGGAGAAUGGAGCCCGGGGGGUCCCCGGCAGUGCUGUGCUGCUGUUUGAGGUGGAGCUGGUGUCCCGGGAGGACGGGCUGCCCACAGGCUACCUGUUUGUGUGGCAUGAGGACCCUCCGGCCAACCUGUUUGAAGACAUGGACCUCAACAAGAACGGAGAAGUCCCUCCAGAGGAGUUCUCCACCUACAUCAAGACUCAAGUGGAUGAUGGCAAAGGACGCCUCAUGCCCGGACAGGACCCAGAGAAGACCAUAGGGGACAUGUUCCAGAACCAAGACCGCAAUCAGGACGGCAAGAUCACGGCCGAGGAGCUCAAGCUGAAGUCAGAUGAGGACCAGGAGCGCAUCCACGAGGAGCUCUGAGGGCAGUGCCUGGCC